UCCAACGACCCAUUAUUCCACAGUUACCCCAAAAUUAUGAUUGAUGGUCCGUACGGCGCACCAGCACAAGAAUACAAGAAAUACGAGGUGGUUUUACUGGUCGGUCUUGGGAUAGGUGCCACUCCGAUGAUCAGCAUUAUUAAGGACAUUAUCAACAAUAUGUAUGCAAUGGAAAACGCUCAACUCCACCAAAUGGAGAAUGGAAUGCAAAGGGAGCAACAAGACAAAAACGAAAAAUUCAAGACGCGAAGAGCUUACUUCUACUGGGUGACGAGGGAGCAGGGCACGUAUGAUUGGUUCAAAAACAUCAUGAACGAAAUCGCAGAACGUGACGUAAACAAAAUCAUAGAACUACAUAACUAUUGCACUAGCGUAUUCGAAGAAGAUGACGCUCGCUCUGCCCUCAUACGUAUGCUUCAGUCUAUAGCUUAUGCCAAGAGUGGUAAGGACAUUGUCUCUGAGACAAGGGUCAUGUCCCACUUUGCCAAACCUAAUUGGGAAGACGUGUACAACAAGAUAGCCAUGGAUCAUCCAGAUGGCACUAAUGUUGGAGUGUUCUAUUGUGGAUCACCGGUACUGACAAAGGAGUUAAGGCGUCUAGCUUUGGAAUUCACACACAAGACGAAGAUUAGAUUCUCCUUCCACAAAGAGAACUUCUAAUUAAGGACGAUAAAGGUUAUAUCCACAAUGCUGAUAUAAGCAUGAUGACCAACAAGAUAAUGAAAUUAUUGUGGAGAGUAAGUGUGUUAAAUGUUUGUGUUUAAAUUUUAAUUUGUGUGGUUGGUUUUGUUCUUCCUUUCUGAAUACAAUGUGGAUGGUGAUGUGAAAGUAUGUUAUUUUUCUACAUCAAGAACAAAGUAUGUUUAAGAGAUUUUUUGUUUAA